AUGCACUACCGCUCCUCUUACGAGACCACCUCGUUCAGGACAUUAACAGCCUACGUGACUCCAGCGAUUCUGUAUGCUCACCUGACUAUCACUAAAGAAAACUGCAACAUCAACACUGCAACCAUGUCUUCUGCAGAGACAUUCGGCCACUUCCUGUUGCCUAUGACAAUGAACAAGGGUCACAUCGAAACCAAGCUCGCUGAUUACGUGUUCAAAGUAAGAAGCCGUUACCUUGAGUUGAAAGAGAACCGACCAGAGAGACAUGCCCUUAGGAAUCUACUGGGAAUGCUGGCUUUUCGAAUCGGCCAAUUUGAAGAAGCUCUUGGAUACUUGGACAAAAUCCUUUCCGCCGGAGAAGAUCCGGAGAACUUGAACGCUCUGGCAAACCGUAAGUACAUGUGCGAGAAACUAUUUAGGCUCCCAGAGGCCAGGGAGAGCGAGCGGAAAAUUCUCGAGCUGACAACUGAAGAUGGAACAGAAGAAUCUAAGAACAGGUGUAGACGGCUACGUGCUCGUAGUCUGGCUGAGCAGGCGUUUGCCUACUCGUUCGAGCUUUUUGGCGAAUCGGUGACUGUUGAACGGUAUUGUAAAUCGGUAGAAUUGUACGACCAGGCCACUCAACUGGCUGGAAAUUCAAUCUGUCAGGAGGAUAGGGAAGAUUGGGCAAUAGUGUAUGGAAUGGAUUGCCACAAGAUUUACACAAAAUGUAAACGGGACUCGUCUUUGAGAGACCAAAGCACGACGUGGUGUGAAAAAGCUGUCAAUAACUUCUUGCUUAUCAUACAAGAAAGUCAGGACAUUAGGUUGCUGAGUGAGAGUUGGCGUCAUCUUGGAGAGCUCUUUAAGAAUCCUAGACAUUUACCCUCUAUCCCUAAAAACAUGCUAAGAUACGUGGAAAGACCUGAAGAUUGUUUUGAAGAAGCUUUGGAAAUCUCAAAGGGUGAUUCAAGAAUUCUUGCUAGAUAUGCUGCACACUUCAAACAUAAGGGCAACUAUUCCAUGGCGAUGUUGAAGGUUAAUGAAUCUAUUAUGAAGGACAGAAGCGACUUUAACAACCACGCCUACUUUGUGAGAGCAAGUAUCUGGCUCGAAACUUAUAAGAAUCAAUUAAAAAACAUGAAGAGGCGUCCUUUAGAACUUCCCAACCCAAACCUUCUCGAAAAUGCCGAAAGUGAUUUGAAGAUAGCUCACCAGCAAUCCGACACACCCUGGCAUUUGCACUGCAUGGCGGAGGUACUGUACCACAAAGCGAAGGAUCCAAACGAGCAGGCGAAACAGGGAGCGAAACGGAAGGCAAAUCUGCAGCUAGCUCUGACAUACUGCGCCAAAGCUGUGACAUGUCAAGAUGGCCAGAAGCAAGCACAGUAUCACAGGCUGCGAGGUGACUGUCUUUGUGCCAUGGGUGAACAUCAGGCGGCUUUAGGGUGCUACAAGAGGGCUCUAGAAUGCGAGAUAAGUGUUCAUUACUUCCUUGGUAGUGGCAAUUCCCUGGUGAUUGAGUUCGAACAUAUCCUUAAAGAAAACACAUCUUUGAUUGAGGAUUCGCACUUUCUAGAUGACAUGGUCUAUUGGCUUCACAAGGUAGCAAAUAUUUGCCUCUCCAUCCGAUGGACCCUUUGGAAUCUCCAAAACUUGAAGCAGCUUCCUGUCCAAUGGAAGACAUUUGUCAAGUACUGUGAGGACAACGGAUACGAGUCAAAAAUUCAAACCAUCGAGCUUGCAGCUGUUGACGUGACGAAGCGACAAAGACAAUCUGGAACUCAGCGGCUGUACUCAUUUCCUUUGACGGAAGACAGAGCUUCACCCGAGAGAUCAAUCCGUAGACAUCAAAGCUAUCCUGGGACCCACAGCUUUGACAUUGAAGCGUCCGUGUUUGCACCUGAUGAAACUGCCGGAGUUCAGACUGAAAUUGACCAAGAAAAGGUCGUUGAAACCUUGCCUGGAGGGAAAGUAGCUGAAGGUGCAGUUGUUUCUCCAGGAGCAUCUGCGGCAUCCGAAGUUCCCAUCACUGAUAAAAUCGGCAAAGAUGUCCUGACUGUGCCUCAACACCUGUCUCAAGUAGACCUUGAUGGGAAUGAGGAGCAUCCUAUUGCUCCCGACACGAUCCACGUCACUUACUCGGUGAACCUCAAGACUGGCAAAACGCAUCACGUAGCCACGAGGCCGUCUCCUGAGGAACCACCAACUGAAGUUGUCUCCAAGAAGCACGUCCGCGUGGCGCCUGAAAGACCGCUGAACCAUCUGGAACGGAAGUAUGACUUCUUUGUCAUCUACAGCAGCAGUGCCUCGGAAUGGGUGCAACACCACAUGCUAGAAGAACUGGAAGGAACCGGUUUUAAAGGCUGCAUCAAAGAUCGCGACUUCGAACUUGGCAAACCCAGGCUCGAUAACUACUCAAACAGCAUAGAGGAUAGUGUCUGUAUCAUCAUUGUACUGACAAGGGACUUCGAAACCAACAAAAAUGACGUCAGGGGUAUGCAUAUGGCAUUGGACAGUGAUCGGCUGGUUAUCCCUGUUCUUCGUGAAGACAGGGUCAUGCCACCGGUGCUCAAAUCAAUCGAGCACCUCGAUGCAACAGGUGCUGUUGACUGGCCUAGAUUGGAAAGAUGUAUUGAGCAACAGGUUAAACUUGAGGUUCUUUGGGACGCUUAAUAAUCAAUCCAUCGACGUUGUAGCUGUUAUGAAAGCACAGAGCUCAGUACAUAAUUUCCUGUAGGUUGGGCUUAAAAUGUGGGAGGGGAAGUUUUUUUUUUUACAUCGGGGGAGACGCAAAUAUACGUUUAUGUAAAUGGCCUGGGUUUUUUUUAGCUUUCUCUAACGCUUAUCAUGUUCACACGUUUAUCAGUAUAAUGUGAUACCAAAGAGUAAAUGCAAACGCCAGUAAUGAGGUAGAGGACCCGAAAACUGAAGCAACCGUCGAAAGCAAAUGCUUCGAGUUUUUAAACUGUAAAUAUCAUAUAUAAGCUGUAGUAAGUCUAUAAUUAUGGUUCU